AUGUCCGGCAUCUUGCAAGCCUGCUACGCUCUUGGAGCCACCAUAGCUCCCCUCAUAGCUACUGCUCUCUCUGGGGAGGGCCAGCCAGGCUGGUUUGCGUUCUACUAUGUCAUGACUGCGGCCUCGGUAGUUGAACUGGUCACUUUAUCUACUACGUUCUGGACUCAGACAGGCGCUGUGUACCUGGACGAGAAUCCCACCGAGUCUGGAGGCAAGUCAGGUCGGACCCGCCAAGCGUUGAAGAAUAAACUAUCGUGGGUCUUUGCAUUCUUUGUCUUCGGGUACUGCGGUGCUGAAGUUGCACUCGGUGGAUGGAUAGUUGUCUUCAUGACUCGCAUCCGCGGCGCCACCUCGGUCACUGGCGGAGCUGUAGCAACCGGCUUCUGGGGCGGUAUGACGGUCGGCCGUCUCUUUCUGUCUUUGUUGACUGUUCGCCUUGGAGAAUUUUGGGCCAUGUUCCUUUAUCUCGGUGUGACUAUUGGACUCGAACUCAUCUUCUGGCUGGUGCCGAACCUGGUUGUGAGCGCAGUGGCAGCAGCACUGAUUGGUGUGGCUAUGGGUGAGUUACUAUUUAAUGGUUCCAGGACCAUCUACUAA